AUGGCCUCGUGUCAGACCUGGACGACAACAUCCCACUUCCGCCAUCCCUGGUUCGACACCGCCGUGAUGAAGCGCAAGCACACUGAAGCCGUGACUCCGGAGGAGGAUUCCGACGACGCCCCAGGUCCUGCUUCGCGCUCUCUGGCUCGCCCUCCGGCCAAACGACGGCGGUUCAGCAACCUCGAGAAUGGAUUCGCGCAUCUAUCGAUAGUUGGUAGCAGCGCCUCGAACGACUACUCGAUGUCCUUGCCACCAGCACCACAGGAUUCGUACAUUCACGUCGAGGAAAUUCCACCGCCUGUCACUCCCUCGAAUGCUAUGGACAUGGACACGACACCUCCUGUCACGGAGGAGCCAGCUUAUACGGUAGAGGAGCCGACUAUACCCGAGGUUAAAAUGAAGACGUCGUCCUGGUAUGAGCCAGAGCCUGAUCAGGCUGAUGUUGGUUCAGGUAUUGUGAUUACAGACCUUGAGGCCUUCACUGAAUCUGACGACGAAGAGGAAGAGAAGGAGAAGGACGAGGAGAACGUCACAAUCAACCCUGCCUUGCUUGAUCGAAUCCUCAACAAGAAACCCGAAGAAUCAUUGCCUGCAGUGUCAUCUCCUGGCGCCAGCCAAGCACUUGUGUUAUUCAGACCGCUACCACGACUAUCCGAUGAUUCUGGUCUAUCAGAGGCUAGGAAGGAAGAGAAGGAAAAGGAGACGAGGCCAGUAGAGGCGGACGAGAACGCGAUGGAUGUGGAACCAUAA